AUGGAUAAAUUUUUUGAUUGGUACGUUUCGACGUUUGACAUAGAGGUACAGAAAGGUGUUCGUCUAGCAAAAUCAGAAAUCAGUGACCCUAAUAGUGGGUAUGGGUUAUACGUUGACCAAACCUUGAGUAAAUGUUCGAAAGAAGAUGCAGAUGACUCUAUGGUGAAGUCAAAUGAACUAAUACGAAUUCCUAACAAGGUCACAUUCAAUAUACACUCAAUAUUAUCUAUGUUCAAUGACAAAACAAAUUAUCCAAGUAUUGAUGCUCACUUAUUUUUUACAGAGAAGAUAAAAAAUGUGCUCAAAUCAUUUUAUAAAUGUUCAAGUAUGAGUGAAAUGUUCUCAGAAACAAUAGUGAUUACGCUUUAUUUUAUAACAUUUUAUUUCUUACAGAGUGAUUAUGACGUACCAGAAAUUUUUACUAGAUAUUUAGAAGAUGUUCUGUUGUCUACAGCGGUGAACAAUCCAAUUAUGAGACCCGAACUUUACCUUCAAUGUUAUAAGCAAUACCCAAAUAUUUUAGCGAAUGAGAUUAUUAUUGAUUUGUUUACUAAAUUUUUCGAAUCUGAAUUAUCUCUCGAUAGUGCUGCCAGUAAAGAUACUAUUCGACAAAUAUACGGUGCUAUCAUAUCUAGAGUUCUGGACAUUCCACAUGAAAUCUCCGAAAAAUCUGAUGAUUUUACCACAAGAACAAGUUUAGUACCAAUUUUAGAUUUUGUUAACCAUUCUUCCAUUACACCAUGCUGUGUUUUUGAUGUGGAUAGAACUACAAACGAUAUCACUUUAAAAUAUCCAGAAUCUAUAGAAGAUCCAGAUGACCAGACCAGAAAGGAAUUAUUUAUCCAAUAUUCUGACGUUAUUGAAUAUACUUCAUUCAACUUUGCUUAUGGAUUUAUACCAGAAGUAAAUAAGGAUACCCCUUGUUACUUUAAUUUAUCAAUUGAAAGAGAUUUCAUUCCAAAAUAUUAUAGAAAUUUUUAUAAAUGGUUUGGUAUAAACCCUGUUGUUCAAUUUUAUAAGGAUAACAAAACAAUGACGUGGCUUAUAAAUAAAACAUUGAAAGAAUUCGACGAACUGUUACUUCCUUUUAUGAUUAAUUCUUGCAUAGAAAAUGAAGAAAUUUGGUCGUAUAAUAGUAAUGCAUAUAAAAGUUUUGCCAAUUUUUCUUCAAAAAUUGAUACAGAGAGUACUGUGGUUGAUUUAAAUAAUAUAUUUAGGAAUGAAAUAAAAGGAAGAGAGCACUCAAAGAAUGAUGUAAUUGGGCUAGCACAAUUGGCAUGGACUAUACGAUUUCAAGACAAUAAUGGGAAAAUAUUAAAGAGAAGAGUUAAUAAACAAAAAGCGUUAAAUAUAUUCAGGAACUUACCUGUAAACGAUCAAGAAAAUACUCGUAAAGCGUUUGCGUUAUUUUUCCAAACUUAUAUUACGUACAGACUAAACAAAUUGGAGGAUUCAAUAAAUAUUGGCUCUCAUAAAGAACAUAUUAAAUACAACGAAUCUGAAUGUCAGUCCUUUAUUGAUUUAUGCAAUAUCGAGAUUGACAUGCUGAAACAAGUAACCUCAACAGAUCUCACUUCUUUAUUAAACACCACACUUACAGUACAACAAGAAUUGGAUGAGGCUUUACUACCACCCUUAAUUAGUUUUUAUAAACAAGAAGGGGAUAUACCUGAGGACAAUGAAGCUGAACAACAUGAACUCAUCAAUGAAUGUGACGCUUCAUCCUUGGAUGAUUAUAAUGAGCUUGAUUAUACAGAUUUUGUGACCCAAGAACAAGAGGAAUUCGGUCAAUACUUUACUUAA